GAAGUGAAAGCUGGCUGUAUUGAAUCACUCACACUGGAUGAUGAUAUCUCAUGGCCAGAAGAUGUAAAGGUGCCGAAGGAGCUGCGAAUUAUUGACGCGGAACUUAUCGUUUGCCUGGUGUGUACUCCCAGUGUAUGGCGAGGCAAAGCACGAAUGAAGCUGUGGUGCACUAUCCUAAAAGAUAUCGCUGUGUGCCUUUCAGAGGAAGCCGGUGAUUGCAGAAUAUUUAAUAGGAAGCUGUUAAUACGUUUUAAUUUUGUUCGCAAGUUUUUUCAGGCAUGUUUGGAGAUGCUGCAAGAUGGUAAAAGCCAUCUGGUUGUGGAUGACCAGGAUGUGGUACCAUUAGUUGAUGCCCAGUUAACGAUUAUUCGUGCACUGAUUGAAACAGAGGCAACCACUGAUGAGCUCGCCUCCAUAUGGCAUUUCAUAUUUCUUUCCCAUCCAGCAGCUCUCACAUACAUCACAUAUGGCUCGGUCAACCACAGCCAUUCACUCGACGAAGUGCCCAUCCGGCAAGGUUUCUUCUUUCUACGUGACUGA